AAUCAUCUCUGUCUCUAAAGCGUUUGAUGCUGUUUGUCAGGCAGAGCUUGCGCAGAUCCACGUUUUCUCAGCGUCGUCGUCAUAAAUGAUAUUCUCCUCCGGUGGCCGCUCCAUAAGUAGCUAGCGAUAAUCGAACGGGUCGGUGAAACUAGCGGAGCAGAAUGUUAAAUAUCACCCGAUGUGCAAACUGAAACGCUGCAGCAUUUGCACUAAAACAACGGCGUGUUAUAUGGCUCUUCCAGCAAGGGAUUGUUGCAAUUGGAUUUAAGUAGACGCAAGAGAUGUAGAUAGAAAUGUCUAGCUAGCCAAAGUACUAGCUAACCGAUGUUGCAUCGAUGGAAUUAUUCGAGUGCCAUUGAUUGAGAUGCACCCAGCGACGCUAAAUGAGUGGCUAACUAGCUACAUGGAUAGUAUUAGCGGCUAGCUAGCCGUGACGGGAGUGUGGACGUUUAGUAACGUUGUGUGAAUGGGAGAUAAACCAUUUUGAUACAUACAUCAAUGUUUAAGGAUCUAACAUGUUAACUAAAUACAUGUGACUUGGUAUUCAUCCAUGCUAAGCCAGCGUUCUGUUUUAUCGUCCGGCAGCGACAUUUGGACGGGGGGACAGUAGCUAACGUUACUAAGAUUGGGCAGUGUGCAUCAGUAUGGCACAACUUCUAGAAGGUGCCCACAACCUGGGCUGGGUACUCCUGAACUCCUUCCUUCGUUUCAUCUUUGUCUUCAUUAAUAACUGUGUAGCAAUCCCUUCCUAUUGCCUCUACUGCAUUCUUCUUCAACCCCUCAGAGUAAUGGACAGCCGUACUUUCUGGCUCAUUGAAGGAAUAAUGUUCAAAUGGAUGUUGGCAAUGGUGUCACAGUGGGGCUGGGUUGCAGGCUAUACAGUGAUGGAAUGGGGUGACGACGUAAGGCCCCUUUCUGAAGAGGAAGCCAUGGUCAUCGUCAACCACCAAGCCACAGGGGACGUGUGCACCCUCAUGAUGUGCUUGCAGGACAAGGGCACGGUGGUGAGGAAGAUGAUGUGGUUAAUGGACCACGUGUUCAAGUACACCAACUUUGGCCUGGUGUCUCUCAUCCACGGGGACUUCUUCAUCAGACAGGGUAAAGCGUACCGGGACAAGCAGCUGAUCUACCUAAAGGACCACCUAGACCGGUACUAUCACAGCCGUGACAGAAAGUGGAUCGUUCUCUUCCCAGAAGGCGGCUUCUUGCGCAAGCGGCGGGAAACCAGCCAGGCAUUCGCCAAGAAGAACUCGCUUCCUCACCUGACGCAUGUGACGCUGCCGCGGCUGGGUGCCACUCAGGUGAUCCUGAAGACCCUGGGGCCGCAGCAGGAGAACGGCUGCCUGGGGACAGAGGCCAGCACAGUGCACCGUAGCCAGUCAGGUAGUAAACCCAAAGGCCUGCAGUGGGUGGUGGAUGUGACCAUAGCGUACUCCAAAGCCAGGCCCAUGGACAUCCAGACGUGGAUCUUUGGCUACAGACCUCCCACAGUCACGCACGUACACUACAGGGUGUACCCCAUAAAGGAGGUUCCGGUGGAGACCAAACCCCUGACAGACUGGCUGUAUCAGAGGUUUGUGGAAAAGGAGGAUCUACUGGCCCAUUUCUACGAAACAGGAGCCUUCCCUCCGCCGAAAGGCCAGAAGGAGGCUGUCUCCCGGGCGAUGACCCUCGACCCUGUGCAGCUCUGCGUCAUCCAAUUCCUGGCCUUCGCCUCGGGCUACCUGUGGUACAGCGUCCUGCAGUACUUCUACUGCCGUUUGUUCUGAGUGCGCUGAGGAGGAUGGUGGUUUUAAGGAGGUUCUUUAAAGUGAACCAUAUCCUGUUGGCACUGUUCCUGAAUCAGCCGAUAGCGCACCCUCCCCAGUACCAUCCUUCCUCCCUACGAUGGAUUGAAUGUACAUUUUGCAAAAAGCAGGAGGGACUGGAAACAAAAAAAGAUUAUGUUGGAGUCUUUUUUCCCCCUCCUGGAUACAUGAAUACCUACACACACGGAUGGACGGAUGGACAAACACACACACAUGAUUGACUGAAGCCCCUAAUUUUGAACAUGAAUCAUGUUUACACACUAACUUAUUGGAUACACACCUGCGCCAAUCUAGGUGAUGGUCUCUCAUUUCUCUCACACACUUUUUCUGUUUACACACGUCCUCGUACACUUCAACUGAACUCACCCACACGCCCAGUUUUACUCUCAGAUCAAGAAUGAGGCUCAGGACUACAACUGAAAUUGUUCUCAAGUGGACUCUCUCCCUGGUCUUUAGGUGUAGUUUUACAGUGUAUGUUUGUGCAUUUGUUCCCCCCCCCCUCUUUUUGUUCCCCCCCUCUUUUUGGACUUCUCUCCAGGACUGUUGAUUAGAUGGUUGGACCCACAUUACAGAGAGAGGGGGCUGUUGUAUGUACCCGAUCAGAGACUACCACUUCUGACCCCUCUCUUAUGGCCUUCAUUGCACUAAAAGGAUCCAUACUGCCCCCUACCCCACCACCCACUCCAGGAAAUAUUCCUGAACGGUAGCUGUUUGUUUUUUAUUUUGUUUAUUUAAAUUUGCCCCGCCCUCUAACCACCCCCUCUCCCCCAAACAACGACCAUUGCAUUUGUUAUCGUCGUUGGUGUUGUCGUAGACCACCUACCUUGUCGUCUUCGAGACUUUACUUUACUAUGUGUCUGUCCAAGACUGUAUUCUGAGCUGACUGACUGAAGGGGAAUCUUCUUGUUUACACUGGCGGCCCCCUGUCUGGGCCUAAAGGGAAGCUGGCAACGAUGUCAGGCUCUUGUUAAGACUGUUUCCACAACGUGGGGUGGUUCCGGA